UCGAUAGUGCCGUUUGAAAUAUUGCAUUUUUUUUCGAUUUUUAUAUUCGCAUCGCAAAUUUCAAGUGUCUUGAAGAACUGCAAGAAAGGUUCAGAGGAAAAAGAGGCCUAGGAAGAACACUGAGCGCUGGUGGAGUGCAGAUAAGUAAUCAGUUCCCCUUCAUACGACACAGUAGAUGUACUUGAAGCCACACACGAGGUGACACGCAAAACCAUAGGCGGUGAUAUCCCUGAAGGAAAUAGCAGUUGCUAUCGAGCUUCGUAAAUAACAAGACGUUCAUUCUGUUUCUGAAGAAUCCAAACCGAUAAUUGAUCGAAGAUGUCCGAGCAUGAACGUUUGUAUACGCCAAGCGAAUGAGCAAGCGAUAUGGACCUGAAGAAAUAUGUGCGAGAUUCUUUAAGUUCUGUGAGGAAGUUACAACAAAAGCUCGAGAAACUGUAAAAUGUGAACUUAAUGUACCGUACGGCCCUACUGAGCGUACAAAGUACGACAUAUACGGUACCGAUUUACCUGAAGAUGCACCGAUAUUUGUAUUUAUCCAUGGCGGAUAUUGGCAGGAAUUUAGCAAAGAUCUCGCUGGAUUUUCGGUGCCGUUGUUUGUUGAAAAUAAGAUCAAAGUGAUUACAGUUGGAUAUGAUUUAUGUCCAAAUGUCAAAAUGGGAGAUAUAAUAGCACAAAUAAAAUCAGCAGUUGAGCAAAUAUUAAAAUAUGCGGCUGAUUCGAAUUCAAAACACGUAUGCAUCGCUGGACACAGUGCGGGAGCACACUUGACUGCAGCUUUAUUGCAUGAUGAUGAUUGGAUCGAUUGCAUGAUACAGCAAGGAUAUUUUGCAUUAUUAAAGGGUCUCAUACUGAUAGGUGGACUUUAUAAUAUAAAACCUUUAAUUGGUACCAGUUUUGCAGUGCCGCUGAAACUCACCGACGAAGAAAUUAAGACAUUGAGUUUUUCCACUCUUGAUGAAGCAAAAGACCGUCAAAUCCGCGGCUUAAAGGUUAUUGUAACCGUAGGAGAAUGCGAUUCUCCAGUAUUCAUCAAUGAAUCGCGCGAGUACGCCCAGAAAAUUAUUCCCGUAGUAGAUAACGUAGAGUAUCUCUUACUUCGAGACAACAUCGACCACUUUGAUAUAGUGGAAAAAUUUCUGGAUCCAAAUUAUCAUCUUGCUAAGCUGAUAUUGCAGUGUCUUCAACCUGAUGCAGAUAUUCGUUAGGCGAAAAUAUAAAGUUAAAGAAAUAUUAUAAAGUACAAUACUUCAUUGUGUGCAGUUAAAAAUAUUUAUUAGAAAUAAUACUUCAAAUCUAAAACAUUUAGUUUAAUGACAAAUUUGUAUGCAUAACUUAUAUCUGAUAAACAUAAUUACCGUUAUAUAUAUAA